CGAGACGCCGCGCGCGAGCACGUCGGGGUUCGUCGCUCCCGCGCCGCGCGUCGCAUACGGUCUCAUCGCGCUUCCCGCGCGCCCGGAGCGGCGCGGGGCGACGCGGGCGAGGCGCGCGCGAGCGUACGCCGGGGCGACAUCGAACGAGGCGGCGGUCCGAGGGCGCGGAGUUCAACCGUUCCCGCCGGAAUCUAAUUCCGCGCGGGGUCUCGCCCGGGGAACGCCGCGACGUCGACGACGCGCGCGUCCCGGGGCGCGCGCGACGCGAUACGAGGAUACCGCACAGACUGUUCGGAUAUUUCCAACUCCAGCCAGCCCCCGUGACGAGGAUCGAUCAAUUUGAUUUGAUUGACUCAAAGUCGGUUUGAACGAAAUUCACACGCCCGCCGGCCGCGCGCGCCCUCGCGGAGGGAAGAAGGAAGGAUCAUGUCGCUCUCGACGUCGCCGAUACUCGCCGCCGCCGCGAGCAACGACCUCGCGACGACGCGCUGGCUCCUCGAGCGCGAGGGCGUCCCGAUCGACCUGCGCGGCGACUGGUUCGCGCCCGAGACGCCGACGAACGGUCCGGGCGAAGCGAAUAAUAAUAACGCGAAUAACGCGACCGGCGCGCUUCGACGCAAACGCCGCACGCCGCUGAUGGUCGCCGCCGCGCACGGAUCUCUCGACGUCCUGUCCUACCUCCUCGCCGCGGGCGCGGACGUCAACGCGCGGUCGGACGACGACGAGCGGUGCACCGGGAUGCACUGCGCGGCGAGCGGCGGGUCGAGCCUCGCGGCGGACGCCAUCGCGCUUUUGAUGCGUUUCGGCGCCGACUCGGGCGCGUUGGACGCGAGAGGACGCGCGCCCGUGGACGUGUUGCCUCCUUCUUCCGGUGGUAUUAGUGUUGUUAACGGUGGUAGUAACGCGCCCGAAUAUGGCGUUAGUUACACGGGUGGGAACGCCGCUACUAACCUCGCGACAAAGUCGAGGCGGGAGAGUUCGUCGGGCGCGAGCGGCAGCAGCGACUCGGGCUCGACGUCGCCGCGGGGCGACGGCGGCGGCGGCGGCGGGGAUCGAACCGGCGGCGGCGGGCGGCGCCGAGACUCGAGCGGGCGAGACUCCGGGAGCGAUAACAGCGGCGGAAGCGAGCAGUGCUGGUUCGUGGACGGCGCGAGGGAGGAGCAGCCGGGUUGGGGCUUCGGAGGACUUCAACAACACGCGGGAGGCGGGUAUCAUCCUCAGAUGAUGCCCGCCCACCCGAGCGCGAACCCGAACCCGACGAAUAAUUCGUCGAGUCCGUCCGCGACGGGCGCGGGCGGUCUGGGGGCGCGCCACGUUGGCGCCACGUCAUCAGCGGGUCCGUCCGGCGGCGCGAACGGCAACGAGCCGGACGAGAGGACGAAAAUGUCAGACGACUUCCGGAUGUACGAGUUUAAAGUCCGACGAUGCAGCCGGACGCGCGCGCACGACUGGACCGAGUGCCCGUUCACGCACCCGGGGGAAAAGGCUCGAAGACGCGACCCGCGACGAUUCAACUACUGCGGCGCGGCGUGCCCGGAGUUCCGCAAGGGGAGCUGCCCGAGAUCGGACGCGUGCGAGUUUUCGCACGGCGUGUUCGAGUGCUGGCUGCACCCGAGCCGGUACCGCACGCAGCUGUGCAAGGACGGUUCCGCGUGCGGUCGCCGCGCGUGCUUCUUCGCGCAUCACUCGUCGCAGCUGCGGCCGGCGACGGACGCGUUCGGGAACCCGCUCACGAGUCAGCGGGGGGCGGCGGACGGCGGCGGCGGACUCGCGGGGCCCAGGAACUCGAUGGACGGCAUGAGCGGCGGGCACGGCGGAUACGAGAGUCCUCCCCAGACUUGUCCGGGGUCCAACGCGCGGACGCCGCGGCAGAGUCACGACGGCGGGCACGGCGCGGGCGCGGGCGCGGCGGCGGCGGCGGCGGCUACCUCCCUCCUUACGCGACUCCCUCGAACGGGACCCCCCUGAAUC